AAUUCAAACGCGGGCGGGCGGGCCCGCAGUCCUGCAGUUGCAGUCGUGUUCUCCGAGUUCCUGUCUCUCUGCCAACGCCGCCCGGAUGGCUUCCCAAAACCGCGACCCUGCCGCCACUAGCGUCGCCGCCGCCCGUAAAGGAGCUGAGCCGAGCGGGGGCGCCGCCCGGGGUCCAGUGGGCAAAAGGCUACAGCAGGAGCUGAUGACCCUCAUGAUGUCUGGCGAUAAAGGGAUUUCUGCCUUCCCUGAAUCAGACAACCUUUUCAAAUGGGUAGGGACCAUCCAUGGAGCAGCUGGAACAGUAUAUGAAGACCUGAGGUAUAAGCUCUCGCUAGAGUUCCCCAGUGGCUACCCUUACAAUGCGCCCACAGUGAAGUUCCUCACGCCCUGCUAUCACCCCAACGUGGACACCCAGGGUAACAUAUGCCUGGACAUCCUGAAGGAAAAGUGGUCUGCCCUGUAUGACGUCAGGACCAUUCUGCUCUCCAUCCAGAGCCUUCUAGGAGAACCCAACAUUGAUAGUCCCUUGAACACGCAUGCUGCCGAGCUCUGGAAAAACCCCACAGCUUUUAAGAAGUACCUGCAAGAAACCUACUCAAAGCAGGUCACCAGCCAGGAGCCCUGACCCAGGCUUCCCAGCCUGUCCUUGUGUCGUCUUUUUAGUUUUUCCUUAGAUGGUCUGUCCUUUUUGUGAUUUCUGUAUAGGACUCUUUAUCUUGAGCUGUGGUAUUUUUGUUUUGUUUUUGUCUUUUAAAUUAAGCCUCGGUUGAGCCCUUGUAUAUUAAAUAAAUGCAUUUUUGUCCUUUUUUAGACAA